CUUUUCUUACAAUACAAACGUUUAUUUAUUUAUUUUUGAGCUGUAACCGUUAGUCAGGCUACGUAGCUAAUGUUACAGCUCUUUCAUUUUAAGGCUCUUUGGUAACAGUCAACAUGGCGACCACGUAAAGCAAACGGACUGUGAGCAGUGUCAACAAAAUGAGGGUCCCCAGAUGUGGCAUGGGCCUCAGACGAGCCUAUUUGGUGUGGCCAAUCCUGCUGCUGCUCCUGGUUGGUGCAGCUUUGACCACUCUGCUGCCCCCUGCUGACGACCAAAGAGGUGUCGGAGUCCUGGGGGUGCUACGCAGGGCAGCAUCACAAAAGGAGAAUCCUGCGCAGGUCCACCGUGACGACAACACAGUGGAGGAGCAGAGGUUCACUGUCAUCAUCCAGACUUACAACCGCACAGACAUUUUGCUCAAACUCUUAAACCAUUACCAGGGAGUGCCUCAUCUUCAGCAGAUUAUCAUAGUGUGGAACAACAUUAGGGAGCAGACACCCCUGAAGUUAUGGAACUCUUUGGGGCCUCAUCCGGUGCCUGUGGUCUUCAAGGAGCAGGCGAGCAAUCUAAUGCGCAACAGACUGCAGCCAUUCCCUGAGAUUGAUACUGAUGCUGUGCUGAUGCUGGAUGAUGACACCCUGGUCAGCGUGCCUGACAUCAGUUUUGCUUUCUCUGUCUGGAAGCAAUUUCCAGAUCAGAUUGUCGGGUUCGUCCCAAGGAAACACGUCUCAACACCAGGAGGAGUGUACAGUUACGGCAGCUUUGAACUGCAGGACCCAGAAACAGCAGGAGGUGACAAAUACUCCAUGGUUUUAAUUGGCGCUGCCUUCUUCCACCGCCGCUACCUGCAGCUCUUCCAGGACCAACCUCAAGCUGUGCACGCGCUGGUGGAUGAAACACAGAAUUGUGACGACAUUGCUACGAACUUUGCCGUAGCACUAUAUUUAAGGAAACACUCCACAGGCAGUAUUAACAAACCCUCUGGGGUCUUUGUCAAACCUGUGGACAUGCGCAACCUGGAAAAGGACGCCAGUAGUGGGUACCAGGGUAUGUGGCAUCGUCCUGAACACCUCCUUCAGAGAUCCUACUGUCUCAACAGGCUGACACAGAUUUAUGGUCUCAUGCCGCUUUGCUUCUCCAACCUGAUGGUCUCCCAGUUUGGCUUCCCCAGCUAUGCUAACCACAAGAGUAGAGGCUGAGGUGCUGCCACAGUGCUGACUGUUUUGGACUGAAAGAUGACAGACUCAAGUGACAGCCUGUUUGACCGUGGCAUCUGCACGACUAUCAUGGACUUUUCUGGACAAUCAGACUGCUCUACACAAGGCCCAGUUUCAUGAAAUGUCCAUAUUUGAUAAGGUAAUCUGUAUUUGUUACCAAAGCUGCCUUUCUGUCAGUAUGAACUCUCAAUGGAUUGUAGUGCUGUUGUUUUAUAGCCAGCAGGUGUCAGUCUUUGACAUUUUGCCUUGUUUGUAACUGUGAUGUUGUGCCUCUUAAAUUUUGGUUGUGUAUAGAACGUGUCAUUUCUCUGGUGGGCUUGUGUACAGUCCCUACAACCUUAAAAUAACUGUUGGAAGUUGGCCAAAAAAGGAGUCCCCACCAAAGUGCGAAUAAAGCAGAAUUAUUGCAGGUAUUAUUACAUUCUAACAUAAGCUUUAUGUUCAGUACUAUGCAUGCGCAGACAAUCUUUUUUUUAUUUAACAAUGUGUGUACAGGUGUCAAGCUUGUAAGACUGUAUCAUGUGAUUCAGUUAAAUAAAGCCAACACCUUUUCUCUGAACAA